UACCCCAGAGCAGAUAUUAUCUUGGAUGCGAAAAUCGCAUCCACAUACGUAAUCAACGAUUAACUACUCCACUUGUUGCAAUAUAUUAUUAGUGAUACAUCAACAAACAAAAUAUGUCUAUAAAGAAACAAGACGUCUUCCUCAACCUCAAUAAAGAAUCAUGGCUUCUCCUCCUCCUCCACCUCCACCUCAACCGGAGGUUGUCGAAGACUUUUUUGGCUAUGUUAAGGUCUACAGCGACGGCUCAAUCUAUCGCUCAAACAACAACAACCCACGAAACCUUCUCCUCCACGAUCAUCACUACACAAACACUGUCCACUAUAAAGACUGCCUCUUCGACAAACAACACAACCUUUACCUCCGCCUCUACAAACCAGCCACGCCUCCGUUCACAAAGCUCCCAAUCUUGUUCUACUUUCACGGCGGUGGCUUCUGCGGAAUCUCUCGUGGAAAUCCGAGGCCUCAUAACCUCUGUUUCCGCCUCGCCGAGGGGCUUCAAGCUCUGGUCAUUUCGCUCUACUACCGCCUCGCCCCGGAGCAUAGGCUCCCCGCUGCGGUGGAUGAUGGGUUGAACGCUCUCAGGUGGUUGCAAGGUCAAGGAAAAUUGAGGGAUAGUGGUGAUGAGAAGGAGGUGUGGUUGUGUGAAGAGGUUGUUGAUUUUGAUAAUGUCUUUGUGUUUGGUGACUCGUCGGGUGGAAACAUGGCUCACCAUUUGGCGGUACGGCUCACGCCGGGGUCGGUGGAGUUGGAGCCGGUGAGGGUGCGAGGGUAUGUCAUGUUGACUCCAUUUUUUGGUGGGAUGGUGAGGACUAAGCGCGAGGAAGAAAGGCCAUGUGAAGCAUUUUGGAGUCAACACAUAUUUGACCAAAUGUGGAGGCUGGCGGCUCCAGUGGGAAGUGACAGGGACCAUCCAUUGGUGAAUCCAUUUGGGCCUUCAAGCCCAAGCCUUGAAAAUGUGGGCCUUGAUCCAAUCUUAGUGAUGGUUGGGGGUGAGGAAGUUCUUUCAGAUAGAGUGAAGGAGUACGCAAGAAGAUUGAAAGAGAUGGGAAAGAAUAUUGAGAUUGUUGUGUUUGAAGAGAAAGAACAUGGUUUCUUCACUGAACAUCCACGUUCAGAAAUGGCAGAGACUGUGCUUCUAAUCGUCAAAGGUUUCAUGUCUCAUAACUCAAAAAAUUAGUCACAAUGAUAAGAUCCCCAAAACCUAUAAUAUUAGUUAUUCUAACACCACCAUUCUUGUACGUGUUGGAUUAUGGAAUCAAAGUUAAUUGCUUAGGAUUUCAAAGUUUCAUGCAUUUAAUGGAUAGAUU